GAGAGAAGUAAACAUUGAUACUAAGUUUGUUACAUAAAGAAACUUGGAGAUUGGGAGCUUUCUGUAACAACAUGAACAAUCUAACGCCAGCACAUCUCUCCCCCUGGAGCAGCCCACUGGUGAAGCGUGUGGAGAAGCCAGACUGUGGUUGCCCACGGCGAUUUGACCCAGUGGGCAGAGCUGAGAGCACAGAUUGCCGAACUCAAGUCCUACCACUUCGUCAAUUGAGCCGUACCUGCAUUCUAAGCAGAAUUCCGCUCACACGCUUAAAAGAGGCACAGCGCAGCCUGCCCCUCCCUACCCUUCUCGCCAACGAGGUAUGCCGCUUGAGACUGGCAGAUUUUGUCAUCAAUCCGUACACAGUCAGUGGCGAGAGCAUCCAGCACGGUACAUACUCUGCAACAGUCAUUUCUACUGGGGAAAGGGUCCGGCUAACCAUCUCCUCAGAAGCUACAGGUUCCUUUCAAACUAGGCCUGACCUACUGACUAGGUUUGUGGACCGAGGAAUUCAGGCUUCUGUCUACAAGGAGAGCGUGUCACUGCAAGAAGUCAUGGAAGCCCACACACGUGUAGGCAGGCCCCUCACCCUACCAUUCAUGUGGCAGGUGGUCAAAGCCAUUGGCCAGCACUUCCUGUCCCAGCCCAGCCACCCAUUACCUGCCCUUGACUCGUCCAGUAUCAGACUGAGCGACAUGAAAAUCUAUGUGGUCUGCCCCGCCCGUCUCCCACCAUCAGCCAGGAUGCCAGCAGACCCACUGUGGCCAGCUCAGGUCAAUCAAAGCGGUGUAGUAAACCCCACAAACUGGGAGGCAUAUCGAGAUUCUCUGUCCUGUAUUGGCACCAUCCUUCAAGAGAUGAUGGAAGUGAACCAGAGCAUCGCGGCUAGACAGCACAGACCACAGACUCGUCUCUUACGAGGAAGAGGAAUAACUAGGGCCACCGACCACAGAAACUCCACCACAAAACAACACACGGGACAGAGAGACAUAGAAUCUGCAGCAGCCCUCUCCUCACUCCUGCUUCGAUGCCGGUCGCAAAAUCUUCCGCGUGACCGUCGCGCUGUCAGAGAAAUAGUCCAAAUGUCUCGAAAGAACCUGGGCGAAGUGUCCAGGUUCCCUUCUAUCCAUGAAAACAAUAAGGUAUCAAAGAAGACCAGCAAGUAACGGACGUUUCACGAACCUUUCCUCUCCACAUGCCCUGAACUUUCUUCUGUAAAAAAAAUCUUCAUGGCAGCUUUUUUAAAAUCUUGUUUUAGUAUAGGUUUUACGGCGCUCGCAACUGCAUAAGGUCAAGUCUUUGACAACUGAGAAUGUACAUAUUGUAAGCGAUUAUUCAGUUUUUUUAAGUUUUAAAAAUAAAAUUCACAUAGAAAUAUGUUUUCGUAUGUAUAUA